GGAACCACAACCGGUAAAACCGUGGGUGGGUGUGUGGAAUGCCACCAUUCCCGGAAGUGAUUGUAUAGGUCUAGACCACUCACAAUUCAAGGUACUCGGAAGUGAAGAUUGCCUAUACCUCAAUGUGUACACUCCAAAACUACCCCAAGAAGGGCUGAUAUCUGGUGGCCUAAUGAACGUGAUCGUGUACAUCCAUGGCGGCGCAUUCCAGUUUGGCGCCGGUAUCGGUUACGAGCCACACUACAUUUUAGACAGCGAAGAUUUCGUGUACGUGUCAAUCAACUACCGACUGGGGCCUUUGGGAUUCGCGAGCACCGGUGACGACGUAUUGCCGGGAAAUAACGGUCUCAAGGAUCAGGUAGCCGCCCUCAAGUGGGUCCAGCGCAACAUCGCUGCGUUCGGCGGAAACCCAGGCUCGGUGACCAUCGCCGGAAUGUCAGCCGGUGGAGCUAGUGUUCAUUACCACGUUCUGUCACCAAUGUCAGUGGGUUUAUUCAAUAGAGGAAUUGCUGAAAGUGGAAGUGCUUUUUGUGGUUGGGCUUACACAGAAAACACUAUUCAAAAGACUAAGGAAUUAGCUGAGUCACUAGGAUGUCCUACAUAUUAUUCCAAGGAUACCGUAAAAUGCCUUAGAUCAAGACCAGCAUUAGCUAUAGCAAACUCUUUGAAAAAUUUCAUGCCGUGGAAGUACAAUCCUUUUACACCAUUUGGUCCAACUGUCGAAACAGGCGGAACAGAACGAUUUUUAACAGACUUACCAGAGAAUUUACCUGCUCAAAAUGUCCCACUGUUGUUCAGCUUCACUCAAGACGAUGGUCUCUAUCCAGCUGCUGAAUUUAUAUCACUCGAAGAAACUCUGGUUGACAUGGAAUCCAAAUGGAACGAUAUACUACCAUUCAUACUUGACUACAAUAACACGAUUUCAGAUGAAUCACUGAAACCGGAAAUCGCGCAGAAAAUAAAAACAUUUUACUUUGGAAACAAUACAGUGUCAGUAAACACUAAGAAAGAAGUUGUCGAAAUGUUUACAGACAGACUGUUCAAAGAACCGGUAGCAAGAGCAGCCCAGCAUUUGGCUUCAAUAAAUACAUCACCAGUAUACUUUUAUGAAUUUAGUUAUAGGGGUAAAUACUCGCUCUCGGACAAAUAUUCCAAAACAGGAUCCUCUGAGGGAAUGGGAGUAUCACAUGGUGACGACACAAUGUACGUUAUAAAAACCAGAUAUGGAAAUCCACACGACAACGUCGAAGAUGCCAAGUUAAUUCCAGUCAUGGUGAACAUUUGGUCAUCAUUCGCCAAAACCGGAGUUCCAGACGUAGGAAACUCUGUAGUAUGGUCACCGGUGUCAAAAAACCCAUCAGAUCCAUUAAAAUUGAUUAAGAUCACACAGAACCAGACAUUCGAACCGCAAGAAUACUCAAAUCCUGGCAACUAUAAAUUCUGGAGCACGUUGCCGCUAACCGAGUUUCCUGCAGCCGUUAAUCCGUCGGAAACCAUAAACCACAACGAACUAUAAGACAAUAUUGUAAAAAAGUCUUAAAUUAUUAACACUAGAUAAUUUUACUGCUAGUAUGUUUUAUAAUAAGUACAUAUGUACUAGAAAAAUAAAUCAAAACGA